GGAAGUAGACAUCAUAAAGCGGAAGUAAACGAACACAGAGCUAGCAGCGUGAGCUCAGUUCUCCCGUACUCCGCAUGCAGACAGUGUGUUUGCGGUGUGUUCUUGUGUCGCAGGUAAAAUAUUCUCGAUGUUAACGAAGCAGCGAUGUCCUCGCUUCAGUGUUUCAGAGAUUUAAUCACCGAACGACUAACUGUUGCUGCUGAGGAAAUAUUCAGACACGUCGAAACAACCGUCGUAGAGUACGAGGAAGAGUUGGAUCGUCAGCGCAAACUGUUCGAGAUCGUUUGCAAACCUCGAGUAAAGUUACAGCGAAUAGAGCUUCCACAGCAGCAUGUCUGUAAAGAGGAGGAGGUUCUCACUGAGCAGCAGCUCUGUAACCAUGAGAGGAACUCCAGUCUGGACCAAGAGGAACCAGAGUCAGGACAGAUUAAAGUGGAGCAGGAGGAAACCCGCACCAGUCAUGAGGGAGAACAGCUUGACGCGAAGCAGGAGGCUGACAGGCUCCUCUCUCACAGCUCUCUUGUAGCUCAGAGUCAAGAUCAGACAGGAAGUCACCAUGUGGAAAAAAACAUUAUGGAACAUGAGGAAGAUGUGGAUCUUCAACACAGACUCCAUAUGAAGUGGGGCCCUGUAAUAAAGUUACACAGGACAGAGCUUCCACAGCAGCAUGUCUGUAAAGAGGUGGAGGUUCUCACUGAGCAGCAGCUCUGUAACCAGGAGAGGAGCUCCAGUGUGGACCAAGAGGAACCAGAAUCACCACAGACUACACAGGAGCCGGAGGAAAUCUGCACCAGUCAUGAGGGAGAACAGCUUGAAGUGGAGCAGCAGGUUGAUACAUUAAUGUUGACUCCUGAUAAUGAGGAAAGUGACCACCAGCUCCUCUCUCACAGCUCUCCUGUAGCUCAGAGUCGAGAUCAGACAGGAAGUCACCAUGUUGACUCUGUCUCUAAUAGAAAAACAGAGUCAAAGCCACGCAAGAGACGUAACAGGAACAAAAUAGAAAACUUUCACACAUCAAAGAUCGAGUCUGAAACGUGUACAGGUAAAAAUUCUUUGAAAUGUGACACUUGUGGAAAAGGUUUUGCUUAUAAGUCUAAACUCAUUACACAUAUGAGAAUCCACACAGGAGAGAAACCAUUUUCUUGCACAACAUGUCCUAAAAGUUUCAGAAGCAACCAUACAUUGUUGUUUCACAUGAGAAUUCACACAGGUGAGAAGCCAUAUUCGCCAUAUUCCUGUAAAACGUGUGGAAAGUGUUUUAGUCUAGCGGCAAAUUUGACAGUCCAUGAAAGAACUCACACCGGUGAGAGGCCCUAUUCCUGUAAAACAUGUGGAAAGAGUUUUAGUCGAGAGGCAAAUUUGACAGCCCAUGAAAGAAUCCACACAGGUGAGAAGCCCUUUUCCUGUAAAACAUGUGGAAAGUGUUUACCUUUUAGGUCACAUUUGAUAGCCCAUGAAAGAACUCACACAGGUGAGAGGCCAUAUUCCUGUGAAACAUGUGGAAAGGGUUUUAGUCAAAGUUCAUAUUUGAUAGUCCAUGAACGAAUUCACUCUGGUGAGAAGCCAUAUCCCUGUAAAACUUGUGGAAAGUGUUUUAACCAGAAGGGGACUUUGAUAAUCCAUGAAAGAAUUCACACGGGCGAGAAGCCCUAUUCCUGUGAAACAUGUGGAAAGUGUUUUAGUCAAAGUUCGUAUUUGAUAAUCCAUGAACGAAUUCAUUCUGGUGAGAAGCCCUAUUCCUGUAAAACAUGUGGAAAGUGUUUUAAGCAUGGUUCGGCUUUGACCGAACAUGAAAGAAUUCAUUCUGGUGAGAAGCCAUAUUCCUGUGUAACUUGUAGAAAGAGUUUUAUUCGAAAGUCACAUUUGAUGAUCCAUGAAAGAAUUCACUCUGGUGAGAAGCCACAUUCCUGUAAAACAUGUAGAAAGUCUUUUAGUCAAAAGGCGCAUUUGAUGAGCCAUGAAAGAUCUCACUCUAAGAAGCCAUAUUCCUGUUAAACAUGUGGAAAGUGUUUUAAACAUAGGUCAGAAAAAAACCAUUGAGUCUAUACUUCACACUGAGAAGACAUCACAGUGUCUUGUUCAUCAACAAUGUCUUUGGGUUUUGUUAAACUAGCCCAUAUUUUAUUAUAUGAUGAUUGUCCUUAACUCUGAAAUAGUGUUUCUUUCAAACAUUUAUUGUAAGCCUGUAAAAAAACAACAGUUGACGCAAGGUGACCAUCGUAACUUUUUAACUCAUGCCCAGAAUGACCCACUCCGCACAUCCCAUAAUUCAUCCCACUACGUCUGCUUGUCGUCUCUUGGCGCUCUAACGUUAUAUGGCUGACUGCUGAGAGUGACAGCGAAAAAUCAGGGAACACUGUUUAAACUGUGUAUGAAGUAUAGAUUUUUAAACUGUAAAACUGUUUGAAACUUGUAGGUGCAUUUGUUCCUAAUGUACAUGUGGUAUAAUCUUCUGUUUUUCUGAAGAAACAGUGAGAACAGCACAUGGGGGAGGAGCAUCAUUAGCAAGUCUGACACUAAUUUAGUGAUUAUAUCCUAAUAUCAAGAGGGACAUGUGCAAUGUUUUAUAGAUCUAUGUUUAACUUGAGAAUGAGAAUAAAACUAAACUGUUUUG